AUGAUCGCGUCGAUCGCUCUCACUCUGUUCCUGUUUUGUCAAUCGAUCAACAUCAGUGAAUGUCUCCUGGAGAGCGACACUCGUGUAAACAGCACGAGCGAGCAAAUCUCACAGCGCAGAAUGAAAAGGAGUCUCACUUUUCCUGACCCAGCCACGAUCCUGUUGAUCUUUGGCCUGGGCACUCCAUUGCAGCUGGAUCGCGAAAGCGUAAUCGUGGGUGUAUUUGCGAAAACAAUUUACAAUUUGCCGACUAAUGCCACGGAUUUUACAGAACCAGGAGUGUAUUACACAAGAGCUAGUAAAAGCAGAUGGAGUUUUUACAAAAUGUUUGAAAAGAUGAUAGCUCUGUACGGUUUUGGUGGCAAAGAAUGUUUGCUAAGAGCUAUUUGCGAAGUAGCAUAUGUUCCGUUUGACAUUCAUCACGGAUUACUAGGAGAGUUAGUACAGACUUUUCUUAGGUAG